AUGGCAAAUCCGAAGUACGCCUUAGCCGUUGACUGGCUACUUGGGCGCAAGUUUAUCCAAAUCCUUGAUAGUGAUGUAAGAUUCUUAGAUCUUGCGAUAGGAAUCGUCUUCGUGCUGUUCUUCUAUGGAACUGCCUUGACGGUGUACCGUCUAUACUUCUCUCCUCUUGCAGGUUUUCCAGGCCCAAAGUUGGCAGCUGCGACAGAAUGGUAUGAAUUCUACUACCAAUUGGUCAGGGAUGGACAGUGGGGAAAUAAAGUGGAAAAGUUGCAUAAGAAAUAUGAUUCUCACCAUCUGUCUGUAUCUCACGACCUCCACCGCCAGAGAAGGAAAAACAUUGAAACGUUCUUCUCGAAACAAAACGUCAAUCGCUUUGAAGAUAUUAUUGUGAAGAAGGUCCAGCUUCUUGACGACCAAUUUGAGAGGCUCAAAGGAACUGGAUCUAUUGUUCAUAUCAAUCAUGCUUUUACAGCUCUGACGGGCGACAUUAUCGGACAUGUUGCUUGCGGAGCGCACCCUGGCCUUGUUGAUGAUUCGGAUUUCUCUCCCGGAUGGCAUGAUCUCAUGGUCAAAACAACUUAUUCAACUACUUCCAUCCUCGCUCCUAAAGCGGCUUUACCCAGAAGGGAUCUCAAAUAUGAUGGUGGGAGCAGUAAGUUCACAGUUUCAAUCAACGACUACAGCGCGCUGAUGACCUACGAGAUGGGCAGAGAGUAUAUCAAAAAAACCAAGCAGCGCAUCCAGCAAGAAGACUUGGGUUCGAAUCAAUCCAAGCUUUCGGUUUUUCAUCAUCUCCUGACCUCCAACAUUCCCGAGUCUGAGAAGUCUACAUCGCGCCUUCAGGCGGAGGCAAUGGUAAUUCUCAUUGCAGGGACCUUCACAAGUGCACAUGUACUCGCCAUGAUUGUGUAUCACGCUCUUUCCGAUCCGUCGAUUGAAAGAUGUUUGCGAGAAGAACUGAAAGUCAUCAUGUCGAGCUAUCCAACUCGAACCCCACGUGUGGCCGAUCUUGAAGGAAUUCCGUAUCUCCAAGCCUGCAUAAAGGAAGCGCUUCGUCUGUACGGGCUUAUAGGAAAUCUGCCGCGGUGCUCUCCCGACGUGGCACUUCAGUAUAAGCAAUGGACUAUACCACGAAAUACCCCUGUGGGUAUGUCAAUUUACUACAUGCACACGCACCCCGAUGUUUGGCCAGAACCUCUGAAGUUCAUGCCGGGGAGAUGGCUCGGGCAUUAUAACCCCCAGAUGGACCGACACUUUGUCCCUUUUACGAAGGGAUCACGCAGCUGCCUAGGAAUGAAUCUUGCGAUGGCCGAGCUAUAUCUUACUACUGCUAUCCUGUUUCGUGAAGAUGGACCAAAGCUAUCACUUUUCGAGACUGGUGAGUCAGAUGUUCGAUUUGUUCGUGACUUUGUGAUGGGCUUUCCUAAGCAUGAUAGCCACGGAGUGCGGGUCUUAGUGGAUUGA